GAGCUGCCCAGUCUUUACUCAAUAAACUUAUCAGAAACAACCUUGUUGAUAACACAAACCAAGUGGAAGUCCUGCAACGAGAUCCAAACUCCCCCCUCUACUCAGUGAAGUCCUUUGAGGAGCUUCGGUUGAAACCACAACUUCUCCAGGGAGUUUAUGCCAUGGGCUUCAACCGUCCAUCCAAGAUACAAGAAAAUGCAUUGCCUUUGAUGCUUGCUGAGCCCCCACAGAACUUAAUUGCCCAGUCUCAGUCUGGUACUGGUAAAACAGCUGCCUUUGUGUUGGCCAUGCUCAGCCAUGUAGAACCUGCAAACAGAUACCCCCAGUGUCUGUGCCUCUCCCCAACGUAUGAACUUGCCCUUCAAACAGGAAAAGUGAUUGAGCAGAUGGGCAAAUUUUACCCAGAGCUGAAGCUAGCUUAUGCUGUUCGAGGCAAUAAAUUGGAAAGAGGUCAGAAGAUCAGUGAGCACAUUGUCAUUGGCACCCCUGGGACUGUCUUAGACUGGUGCUCCAAGCUCAAGUUCAUUGACCCCAAGAAGAUCAAGGUGUUUGUUCUGGAUGAGGCUGAUGUGAUGAUAGCUACUCAGGGCCACCAAGAUCAGAGCAUCCGCAUCCAAAGGAUGCUGCCCAGGAACUGCCAGAUGCUGCUCUUCUCUGCCACCUUUGAAGACUCUGUAUGGAACUUUGCCCAGAAAGUGGUCCCAGACCCAAACAUUAUCAAACUGAAGCGUGAGGAGGAGACAUUGGACACCAUCAAACAGUAUUAUGUCCUGUGCAAUAACAGAGACGAGAAGUUCCAGGCCUUGUGUAACCUCUACGGGGCCAUCACCAUUGCUCAGGCCAUGAUCUUCUGCCAUACCCGCAAAACAGCCAGUUGGCUGGCAGCAGAGCUCUCAAAAGAAGGCCACCAGGUGGCUCUGCUAAGUGGUGAGAUGAUGGUGGAGCAGAGGGCUGCGGUGAUUGAGCGCUUCCGAGAAGGCAAAGAGAAGGUUCUGGUGACCACCAACGUGUGUGCCCGUGGUAUUGACGUUGAACAGGUGUCUGUUGUCAUCAACUUUGACCUUCCUGUGGACAAGGAUGGGAACCCAGACAAUGAGACUUACCUGCACCGGAUCGGGCGCACUGGCCGCUUUGGCAAGAGGGGCCUGGCAGUGAACAUGGUGGACAGCAAGCACAGCAUGAACAUCCUCAACAGAAUCCAGGAGCAUUUUAAUAAGAAAAUAGAAAGAUUGGACACUGAUGAUUUGGAUGAGAUUGAGAAAAUAGCCAACUGAGAAGCUCCACCAGGCCCUGCUGCCCACCCGUGGCUCCCCCUAAGAGGGAGACUAGUGCUUUCAAGUACAGGCCUCAACAGUCGCCACAAAGAUGAAGGCACGAUUAGAGAGAAACUACCUACCUCAUUUUAAAUUACGUUUGGACUUGAUAAAAAUUGUGCAAAUGAUGGGGGAAGGUAGAUAAAAUUAUUUACACAACUUUUGGAAGAUUAGGCGUGAAUACACAGAAAUUUACCUUUUGGAAA